ACUUUAAUACUCGUAUUUCAACAGCUCAAAUGGAUGAAACGCCAAAAUGCAGUCGCGAUUUAGACCGCAUACCACAGAAGCCAACAAAGAAUGACGAAACUAGUUCAAAAGAACUAAAUGUAUCCAAAGAACAGGCUACUAUCACGAUAAUACAAUCCAUUACGAAAGAUGAGACACCAUCCACGAAAGCAGAAACAAAAAUUUACAUAGAACAGCCGACUUAUUCCAAAAAUCAAUCGGCAAUAACCAGACCUCAAACAUCUACAAUGAGAGAAAAUAUAACCAUAUACAAUGAAUUGAAUUUGCCGAAAUAUGAUGCAACGAUGGCUCCGAAAAAUCAAGUUCUUUCGACUCUAGGAAACAGUUCAGGGAGGCCUUCUCCAGGAAAUCCUGAGCCCGGACUUCAAUACUGUGUUGCCAGAGUUGCUUCAACAACACUAUCCUACAGCAGAAAUAACUCACAUUUAGGAACAUACGCACCAUUGAUCAUUAGGCCUUCCAAUCAAAGUCCUAUUACAACUCAACCUCGUUUGUCGUUGUUGAAACUUGCAAUCCCCCAAAGCCCACAGGGUCAACCGCAAAGUUUGUUUUUACAAGCGCUAUCAAAACUAAACGACAGUUCGUUAACUUUAUCAGUCAUCAGUCAUUUAGGACCCAAUUUGAAUAAAAUUUUCAAGUUUGAUCUAGAAUCUGGGUAUAUAACGCCUCCUGAUUCCUUAACGAGCGCGCCUCCGUCUUAUUCGUUCGUUUUAAGGCAAAUGGCGGUGAGAAGAAGACCUAGAUUCAUGGGAACUUUUUAUCCUUCGCCUUCUUUUGUUCCGCAUACUCCGCCUCCUACUUAUACUACUGCAUUUGAUGUGUACAUCGAGCCAGCCAACGUCCCUCCUCCCCCUGCCAGAGUCUAUACAUUUGGUUUCGCACCGAUGCCUAUUGUGUGCCCAGAGUGCGGAUAUACGGGAAUGACUGUUGUAACGAGUCGAAUAACUAUUUGUACACAUUUAUGUGCUUUGAUUUUAUGUUUGCUCUGUUGUUGGAUAUGUGCCCCGUUGCCGUAUAUUUUGAGGUCUUGCAAAGACGUUUAUCAUUAUUGCAGAAAUUGUAGGAGUUUUUUGGGAAUGUAUUGUCCCACUAAUCCUGAGAGUGUCUAUCCGUAA